CACCUUAGAGUAGUCUAUUUUCCGCGUAAUACCUGGUACCAGACAUCCUAUUUUACAUUUUUCCUAAUCUCCUCGGCUCAACACCUACCCGGUUCGACAUGCCGGCGGCAGUCUCCGGUAUCAUAAUGUGGCUAAAUUCAAUUGUGGUUUCGGCAGACUGGUUAGGAACGAAAGGCCAGAUUUUCGAAGAUGAACGACUGUGAAAAUAGCCGGUUUAUACUCCGACCGUACCUUGAUUUCAAGACUGUUUCUAAAUAUGUUCAAGAAGUUUUCGGACUGGUAGUAACAGACGAAUCGUGUAUCAAAGAACUAGAUAGCUACGAUGAUAGAAACUACUUUGUGAGAGGGAGAAUCGCCAACAAUGGGCCUUCUUGCGCGACAAGGUGUGAUGGAAAAGAACAAUUUUUCAAGGAUUCCCAAAAGGCGAAUCAGUCAACUCAAAAUUCUGGAAAAUACGUUUUUAAAGUAAUGAGCUCCAAAACAACAUAUUCGAAAGACUUUCUGGAUGCUUCUAUAGACGUUGUGGAGCAUAUACAGCAAGCCCUUGGCAACAGCCCUUACAACAUUCCUACCAACAUUUCAAGUAGAAAUGGAAAUUUUGCAGAAUUAAAAGAAUUUGAGGUUCCAUUAGAAUACAUUGCUGAACGGGAUGCAUCUUUUGCUGAAAAGAUUGCUAAGAAGCAAAUUGACGGAGAUGGCGUAUGGAAGGCUGUUGUUGGUAGAAACUCUGAAAUAAAAGUUGUGAUAAAACACUAUAUCAGGCUAGUUUCUUUCGUGGAAGGGAAGACUCUGAAGGAUUUUGAAAUCGAAGACAACCUGCUUAUUCAGGUUGGAGAUUUGGCUGCAACAGUAUGCAAAGCAUUAGAGAGAUUUACCCGCCCAAGCCUUAAAGAAAAAAGAGAUAUAUGGGAUUUGAAGAACUUUCUUUGGCUGAAUUCACCGCAGUACCUUGAUGCCAUAAAGAACAAGGAAAACCAUUGUAUGGUCAUGAAGUGUUUUCAGCUGUUUCACGAGCACGUCCUCUCAGUUGCAGAGAAUUUACCCAAACAAACGAUUCACUCGGACAUUAACGAAGGCAAUAUAAUAACAGAAAAUAUUGACUCAAAAGCAAUGAUUGUUGGUUUGAUAGAUUUUGGUGACGUCACUUACUCGUUUCGUGUAUUUGAAAUUGCAAUAUGUAUGGCCUACAUGAGCUUGCUUAGGCCAAAUGACUGCCUAAAGGAUGCUGGUCUCGUACUGUCCGGGUAUUUGUCAAAGGAGCCUUUAACAGAUCUUGAAUUGAAAGUGUUAUAUUACUGUGUUAUUGGGAGACUGGCACAGUCCCUUACUAUGGGCAAUUAUCAAUACUCUUUGGAUCCUGGUAACGAAUAUUUGUUAUUAACGUCACAAACUGGUUGGAAAGUUCUUGGAAUGUUGUUAGAAUACGAGGAAAGAGUUGACGAGCUGAUUGAAUAUUGGCUGCAGGUGCAUGUAGAUGUAUAAUUGGGAGACACUCUCCUUCAGCAAAAGAGCUGACGAUAAAGAGCAAUGCAAAUUAAGUGUGAGUUUGGUGUCCUUUUAAGGUCUCUUCUUUUCAACAGUUUCUUUUUAGGAUUUUGUUGUUGAUUCAGUAAUUUUUUCAGAUUAAUAUAUAUAUAAAUCCGUUUUGAACAUU